AUGAUGGAGAGAAGGAGAACGGCUUUGGUAUUGCUGGUCGUAGUUGUGGUUCUGACUCGGCAGAAGGGGAGUUUCGGGAAAUGGGCAGAUACGACGGCGAAAGACGCGAGAAACGCCGCUGAAACGGCGAAGAAAAUGGCUACGGAGACUGCUCAAGAAGCCAAAGAGAAGACCGGUUCAUGGGCUGGUUGGGUCUCCGACAAAAUCACCACUGGAUUUGGUAGCACAAAAGAGGAAGCAGAAAAAGCGGCCCGAGUUGCAGAGAACUAUGCUUAUGACAAGGCCCAACACGUCAAGGACUCGGCUUAUGACAAUGCAGGUUACGCUAAGGAUUUUGCCGAGAACAAGGCACAGAAGGCAAAAGAUUUCGCCUAUGACAAAGGUGGUGAUGCUAAGGGAAUGGCUUAUGAGAAGGCAGGCAAUGCAAAGGACAUAGCCUACGAGAAAGCAGGCUAUGCAAAGGAUUUUGCUUAUGAAAAGGCGGGAAAUACAAAGGAUUUCGCCUAUGAUAAGGCAGGCAAUGCUAAAGAUAUUGCAUAUGAGAAGGGAGGAAUUGCAAAGGACAUGGCCUAUGAGAAGGCAGGCUAUGCAAAAGAUUUCGCUUAUGAUAAGGCAGGCAAUGCAAAGGAUAUGGCCUACGAGAAGGCAGGACACGCAAAGGAUUAUGCAUAUGAUAAGGCAGGGAAUGCAAAUGACCUGGCUUAUGAAAAGGCGGAACAUGCCAAAGCUUAUGCGUAUGAUAAGGCAGGUGAUGCGAAGGACAUGGCUUAUGAGACGGCAGGACACGCGAAGCAUUACGCCUAUGAAAAGGCUGGCAAUGUGAAGGACGUGGCUUAUGAGAAGUCUGGUCAUGCCAAGGAUUUUGCCUAUGAUAAAGUGGGAUCUGCUUAUGGAAGUAUGAAGGAUGUUGGUUAUGAUAAGGCCGGUGAUGCAAAGGACAUGGCCUAUGAAAUGGCAGGCAAUGCCAAAGACUUGGCUUAUGAGAAGGCGGGCAAUGCCAAAGACAUGGCCUAUGAGAAGGUGGGAUCUGCUUAUGGCAGUGCGCACAAAGCAAAGGAUUUUGGCUACGAGAAAGCUGGUGAAGCCAAAGACUUUGCCUACAAGAAAGCUGGCAAUGCAAAGGACAUAGCUUACGAAAAGGCGCAAAACGCAAAAGACUUUGGGUAUGACAAGACCGGCGAUGUGAUCAAGAUGGCAACGGACAAGAGUAAUGAAGCCUAUGAAGGAGCUAAAGAGAGGUCAAAGAGUGCUAAAGACAUGGCAGCUGAUAAAGCCGAACGUGCAAUGAAGUAUGGUAGAGAGAAAACAACAGGAGCAAUGGAUGGAUCAGUUGAGUAUAUGAAAAGCAACUCACACAAAGCCAAAGAUGGAGCGGCCAAGGGAUUCGAUGAAACCAUGGACAAGGUCAAGGGUUCGACAAAGUAUGCAUAUGAAACCGCAAAGGAAAAGGCUUCUCAUGUUGCGGGAGAGAUCAGAGACCGUUACGCUGAGCUCUAAAGUUAAUUUCUUAUACAAUUCUUAAUC